CUUUGUUACGAAGUGUUUCAUGCUUCCCGGUAGUUCACGUGGAACGGUCAAGAGGUGUGACCUGUAAACAUCUGGGAGAUGGGGGUGCUGUCAGCUUUGUCCCGGGGGCUGGUGAGGGGUGCGGACCGCAUGGCCGAGUUCACCAGCAAGCGGGGCUCCAAGUCCUUCUACAAGGGCCGAGGCGCGAGGGCCACCGGGGUGCUCACGGCCAGCCGCAAGUUCGUCCGGAUACGGGAAAUGGUUCCGGAGUUUGUGGUGCCGUCCUUGGAGGGGUUCACACUGAGACCCUACGUGUCGUACCGCUCCCCGGACGGCACGGAGCCGCCUCUCACCCCCGAAGCGCUCUUCGCGCAGGCGGUCGCCCCGCAGAUCCAGAAGGACGUUGAGAAUGGCACCUUCGACAGGAACAACCUGGAGAAGUACGGGUUCGAUCCCACGCAGGAGGGCAAGCUCUUCAAGCUCUUCCCCAAGAACUUUGUGCAGUAAAGAAGAUCCGUUGGUGAACUCGAAGGGACGUUAAUGAGGCGAUUAGACCUCUGGAAAACGCAAACUCGUAGGAACAUCCCAGAUCUGGGUGUCGAAGCUGUUAACAGGUGCUACGAGGGAUCUCGUUCAGUGCGUGUGGAUCUGAAGAGGGGGUCGAUGUUCAGGCAAAACUGUGCAAGUCACUGUGUGGAACAUCUUGUAAUAUGAAGUGUUUAUGGCUGAUCAAAAUUUGAACAUUUUUCUGUAUUUGUGAGAAUUAGCUGAAGAGUUCAUCAUUUACAUACAAAAUAAAGAUUUAUGUGCAGCGCUGAUAUUUCAAUAUUUUAGUAGUGUGAGUCAGGAAUAUUUAGUGUAAGACCAAUUUUGAAAAGGGGUCCAUCCAGCUGCCACAUUAUCAAUGCUUUUUUCAGUCCAGGGGUAGGGUGGUCUGGAGCCUAUCCUGGAAACAGAAGGCCUGAGGAAGGGUGCACCUGAAUGUGAUACUACUAUUCCAAGGGAAAGUGGUUCAACACUUGUUCAGAAUGCUAUCAUUGUUUUGUCACUACUAAUGCAGGCUAAAUCUAACACAGUAUUGUUUUCUUACACUUCGUUAAUACGGUGUUUAUAUCUGCAAAGUAUAAAAUUUUGAUCAAUACCUUGAGUAUUAGAACAUGUUCAGCCUGGACCCUUUAUUACCUUACUGACCUAAUUUACUUGUGAGUAUGCUAACUGUACUCAGAUUUGUUCUAAGUUGAGCUGAACAUACAAAUGAUUCUAAAAUGGUCAGCCACACAUUUUAAAGUAAACAACUGAAGAAAAGUAUAAAAAUUACAAAUUUAUUUGUAUUGUUAUACUGCCAUUUCUUUGUCAAAGAAGGCUGUGCUACUGGGUUCAGCUCUGUAAUACAACUGCAUCCUGUCUUCAUACAACAAGAGUGAAUAUAGAGAACAAAUCACAAGAUGCUAAACUGUUCUAUUAACACACAGUCUCUACAGUAUUCCAACAUGGAAUUAAUUCUUUUGGUGUAUAAGAUCUUAUUUGGCUCUUUCAGGUUUUCAACUGUUAUCCAAUUGUAAACUUUUGUCCGUGAAUAGGUUAGUGUUCAAUUACCUGUACUGACUGAUGCAGGUAAUUUGUCCCUGCCCAAAUUGAAAUAUUCACCUGGAAAGCCAAAGCCUUGGGGGCAAACUGCAACCAUACUAGACAAAAGGCUGACAAUUACAGUUUUGAAUGUUACAAAACAAUCCACAGAGGAGUUUAUGUACUCAUGUCUGAAGCACUUAAUGAAGCUUUGAAAAUUUGUUGGUUAUUAGGAAUCUGCUUGAACACUGUCUGUGAAGCAGCGGCUUUGGUAACCUGCACCAGUACUGAGGAGUUCCAU